UUACAUGUGAUAAAUGUUAUUAUGAGUGAAUGUGUGUUUCUGCGGCGGUUCUAACGGCGUGGGUGUUGUGUGCGGGGGGUCUGCUGAAGGCGGGUGUCUCCCCUCGGCAUGUGCGCAGCUGUGUGUGGGGGUGUCGCCGGACUACGGUACUCUCCGGUCUCGUGUACAGUAUCGUGUACUCCUCACUGAGAGGUUUACGCUACGUGACCGACGAGAGAGAGACGGACAGGCGGGCGGGGAGACCGAGAGAAGCAGCCGAGAGAGCAGGUAGGGCUGCGGAGAAACCCAUGUUCACCUGUUCAGAGCGCGGGUUUCAGAAAGCUACCUCUCAUUGUGAGAGGUUAAGAUUGGUGUGACGGACCCAACUGGUGGGACCAGGAUGAGCAGAAAGAUGAAGGAAGAUGUUGUGAGGACUGUGUGCAAAUCCAAAACCAAGAGACUGAACAAGAACGCAGAUUCUGAAAGGGAUUCAGGUUUCUCAGAUGCUGGUUCUGAGCAUCUGAGUACGCUUGAUCGCACAGAUGCAGAAAAUGCAACUCGAACAGGGAUUCCGGCACCGGGGGGUUCACAGUCACAGCCUUCUCAACUGGCUGUCAUGGGUGGAUCUUUUCAGAGUUUGUCCCCUAUGAUCUUUAUGAACAAUGUUCUUCUCAAACAGCCUGGUGAGAACCCUAACCCUAUGAAGCCCUGGGGCUUCAGUCCAGCUGUUGAGGUUGUUCAGCAACCACAAGUAGUCUUCCUCCAACCAGUGGUCUCCCAGAGAGCUGGUACAGUGCCAAAAGGACCUGCCAGUAAGCGUCGAAGACACAAGAAGUACCUUCCUAUUCUGAAAUCCUAUCCCAAAAUUGCUCCUCAUCCUGGAGACAGCCCACGAAGUAACUGCACUAGUAACAGCAGCAGUAGCUCCAGCACCACUGCUUCAGUGAAGAGUUCCAGUUCAUCUUCCAGUUCCUGGGAUCAGCCACAGCAAGAUAAACAGCAAUGUUUACAGAGUUGUGCCUCUUCUAGCUCCUCAACAUCAAAUCAUCUUCCACCAACCAGGCAUGUGCCAGCAUCGCCUCAGCCACAUCCCACACUCACAGAUACCAACACUGGCAGUUGUCCUGGUGUUGAAAGGCCAGCUAAUGGACGGCUGGAGCUCACUUCAGCAUCCGCAGACUUGCAUAGCAAGGCAUUACAGCCUCGUCCACAAGCGGUCUCCAAGGAUGGCAUUAGUGAAAGCAGUGACUCUGACAACAGCAGCAACAAGCGGAAACGAUUCUGCAACACCUACAACAUUCUCAGUAAAUCUGGCUUAUUGGACAUUACUCUCCGCACUAAAGAGUUGAUUCGACAGAACCGGCGAACCCAGACUGAACUGGAUCAACUUCGUGAGCACACAAACCUCUUCAUGGAAGUCCUACAGACAGGAGACUUGCAUGUCUUGAGCAAACUGCAGCUGAGCAUGCAGCAGGACACAGAGAAAGAGAAGACCAAUAACAAUGACUCGGAGACACAGAUUGAUCAACUAGAGUAAGAACUCCUGAAACAGAGACUCAGAAUUUUAAAGCAGAUAUUCAUAUUGUCUUUCUUACCAUCUUUUGAUCUUUUUUUAUAACUGUAAAUUUAAUAUAUUCAUAAGACCUGCCAACACCUGCCAUUCUGCAGAAACAAACAGUGUUUUAAGAAGAUAGAAAAAUGUGAGUAAGGGUGAGCAAAAUAAAAUUUGCUCUUGUUAGCAUCACAAUAAAAUGAAGGAGAAAACAGCUUAAGUAAAGUCAUAAUCAAAUACACACAUUAAUGACUACAACAUUGCUGAAUAUUCAUAGGCCUGGCAAUAUUAGCAAUAUCAGUAUAAUUUUCCAACUACAGUUAGUUUACUAAGAACUUAUAAGGGCUUUUUCUUUUUUGCCUCAGUAACAUUGCUAGAUUUAUAGGCUUAACAUGGUAUGAAUGUAGCAUACUCACUGCAGAAAAACAAUUUAAAUAUACAGGGAUAAACAAGCAAAACAGAUUCUCUAUGGGGAUGGAAUAAUCAUACGUGUUUUCUUAUUAGCACUAUUCAUCUAUACAAAUGGCAAAAAUAAUUAUUGUGCCUAUAUUACAUUAAUCUCAUUUAAAAAUAUAUAAAAGUCAUGAAGUACACUACUGAAAAUUGAACCUACAUAACUCACCCCUAUCUCUUUGUCCGCUCUCAAUAUAAACACAAUUUAUACAUUUAAAAGAAAAUGUCCAAAUUAUGUGUUGGAGUGGUGCGAUAAUAUGGAUCAACAUAUUAUGAUUUUUAUAUCAAGUCAAAGAGAUCAGGCAUUUCAGUUGUAUUUGAAGGGUUUAUUGCAAAAACAGGUAUCUUUUAAACAUACCUUUAACUCUAUUUCUUUUUAAAGAAACAGUCUGGUCACUUUAUAGGUAUCUUAUAAAGAUCUAAGGCAGGUUGUGAUCUAUGGACCUUUCUACAUGAGUAAUGUCUUGUAGCAGCACUUGGCUGAACUCAUUUUGUAUUCUCUGCUCUUUAAGUAUUCAGCAUGUCAGUGGCCUGUAUUUUGAUAUUUUAGUUUUCAUUGAUUACCAAUGUAUAUUAUUUAACAUGAUCUGACGAUACAAAUAAAAUGUAUAAAAAGUAUUAAAAAUGGAAUUUAGUUCAUCAGUCACCACAAGUUUGGAUGAAGGCCAGCAUAUACGUCUUCCCUUGUCUAUAAUUGUGCCUUAAAAGUCUGGCCACUAGAUAUUAUUACUGUUUAUGGUGAAAAAAAAAUGUAAAUUAGAUCGGAGUUUAACAUUAAACUUCCACUUGUUGGCAAACUGUUUUAAAUUCUAUUAGGCAGAUUAGAAAUGUAAGUAUUCCCAAAUUCCACUUGGGUAGAAGAAUAGUCAGAUCUGUGACUCAUUUAAUGUCUGCUCAUUUUUGAUUUAUGCAUCUAUGAUUGUAAUGAUUUCUAGAUGUCAUAAUUAUGGUUGUAAAUGUUACAUGUGUCACUGACUGCUGUCACUGUAGCUUAUCUUUCUGAUUCUGCUUAUUAGAAAACCAACAGAGCACCACAUGCUUUUCUUCAGUUGUACUUGGUUUAUAGUCAGAUGGGGUUUUGCAAAUUCCACACUCCAAGACUAUUAGUUUGAUUUAUCAUUUUAAAUGGUCUGGGACUUAAAGUAACACACAUUGUCUCAGAAAAUGGAUUGAAAGUGGUUCAGGUGUUUGUCUAUUUUUGCCUUUACUUCAUACUACUUGAGUAAUAUCUGAGGAAGAAGGGAAAUGACAAAACUUUGCCCAUGCUUCUAUCUGCCUGACCAAUAACUUUAGUAUGUUGACAACAUUAUUCAUAUAUUGUUAUUGUCCAGCAAAUUCUCUGCAUUAUUUGACACAGUAGCUGUUGCAUUAUGUGGACCACAUGAGAUGAAUUGACCAAUUGAAAUGCUCUAAAUUACUUUGAAUAAACUCUCUUUGCAUUGACACAAGCAAAAAAACGACAUUUGCCUUUGUUUGUAAAGUUGGCAACAAUCACAUUAUUUCUAAAUGAUUUGUUCUGGUUGCCUUUACUCUAAAUAAUAUCGGAAAAAUCUGAUGCAAUUCUCUCAAACACUUUGUGUGGAACAUCUAUAUGUAUGGCAGUCAGUGUGAAACACUGCAGGGCACAGGUGUUGGCAUGUGUUUAGUAAUGCAGGUCUGCUUUUUUUUUUUUUUACUUUCAUGUUCUCAAUGAACUGAACGGAAUAUUGUCAGAGGGUGGAGCACACCCAGGUAAUUCCUGACCCAGUGCAAGUCACUGCCUAGCAUUUUAAUUUUCUUCAGGAAUUCUCCAUCGGUUGGCAUAUUGUAAAGACGUUAUUUCUUGUUUGUUUGUGUUAUUGAACCAUAUCUAAUUGGGUAUUUUUCCUGGGAGAAUGGAACUACUGAGGCCUAACUACAGUUAGUUCUGCCUUUUAUGUAUGUGUUUGUUAUUUUGUACAUGCAGCAGGUCUAUUGUGAGCAAAAACACAUGGUAAAAGCGGUAAUCAGGCUUUUUGUGGCAGCUAAAUGUUAACCACUACUUUGUGACUGUAAGUUUUGCCAAAUCGUUUGCAGGUUUCGGUUUUAGGAGAUGUAGACUGUAAAUGCUUCCAAAUGAUUGGAUAGCCUCAUUGUAUUGCCUUCAAGAAUGGUUCAAUGUCCAUGUAACCAAACGUGUCUAACGAUUCACAGAUAUCUUUCACAGAACCACAUGGGAAUCUUGUUGUUUUUCAAAAUGUGGCAUAAGAACCUUGUUUUAAAUGUUCUGAUGUUUUGUCAGCCUUUCUCUCAGGCAGGUGGUAACUUCUACAGUAGCCUACUUGGAUUUAUCGACUCUUUAGCCAGUUAACUUGCCUUCUGUAGCAGGGACUUCAAUUGACCAUUUAUUUGUUAAGUCCAGUAGCUUAAAACUCUUUAGCACAUUAGUGUCUCUUUAAUCUUAGUGAAUGUGUUCUGUAGUUCUGAUACUGUCUGUGUUGCUGUGUGCUUAAAAACAGUCAAAAGCAUGGCUUAAACAGUUGAAAUACAGCAACAGGGCAGUUCAGGGCUGAUCAGCCUUUAAUACAGGUUGUAAUAAAUUGAAAUCUUUGCUGAACGCUAAGUGCUUGACUGUACCUUUCAUUUUAAUGCCAAAAGGCCUCUGCUUUGAGAACUCACUCGUACAGCUGUGCAAAGGUUCUGGCUUAUAGCUUUCCAAAUAUGCAAUCUUUUUAUUGUUGUCUUUGCUGUUUUUAUGGUUGUCUUUAAAAACCUUUGUGUGCAAAGAGGUGGAUUAUUACAUCACAUAAUAUAUAGGCAGCUGCAUUUUUUUCUUAUUAACUUUAUUACUUUCUAUUUUCUGUUAUUGAGCUAUUUGUGACCAUUCUCUGUAAAAUAUUUAUUAAUGUAUAUUUGAAGUUCCAAAAUGUUCCUUUUUUUUUUUUAAACAUAUUUAUGAAACUGUAUGUUUGAAUCCCACAUUUCAUGUAACACUUAUACAGACAACCCAUUCUCCUGUAGUCUUCCAUGAGAGUAUCUGUAAAAAUAGGCCCCAAAUGAUGUUUAGGAUUUUAGUAGUAUGAUUAAACCUCCUUAAAAUCA